GAAGUUUAGUCUUUUGCGAAUGCCAUCGAGACGUCAAAUCCAGCUCGCCAGCUUUUUUUUCUCAGCUCCCCGCGACACAAGGACACCCAGCCAGCUCCGCGCGACGUAGGCACAACUGUCGCAAGCACACCUCGGGAAAGCCUUCGCGUAUCCCAGACAUCGAAAAGCUCGACGACAAGACCCAAGAUGCCACGCGCGAAGCGAUCAAAGGACAACCGGAAGCUCAUGGAGAAGUUCUCCAUGAACUUUGGCUUUCGGAAGCCGUACCAGGUGCUGAUGGACGCGGACUUUGUCAUCGAGGGCACGCGCUGCAAGAUGGAGAUUGUCAAGAGACUCGAGGACAACCUGCAUGCCCGCGGGGAUGUCAAGCCAAUGAUUACACAAUGCUCAAUGCGACACCUGUACGCGCGCAAAACCGAGCCGGGCGUCGACGCGGCGAUCGAGGAGGCCAAGAACAACUACGAGCGGCGGCGCUGCGGGCACCACCCAGACCAGUACCCGGAGCCGCUGAGCGCGUUCGAGUGCGUCCGCUCCGUCGUGGACCCCAAGGACUCCGGGGUCAACAAGCACCACUACAUCUGCGCCGUCAACGACGACGAGCUGCGCGCGUCGCUCAGGGAGGUCGCGGGCGUCCCGCUGCUGUACAUCCGCCGAUCAGUCAUGACGCUCGAGCCCAUGGCCGAGGUCUCGGCGAAGGCGAGGAGUCGCGAGGAGCGCAGCAAGUUCCGGGCAGAGAUCAAAAAGGUUGUUGGGGACAAGCGGAAACGCACAGAGGAUGAUGACGAGGACAGUGAGGACGAGAAGCAGGGCAGCAAGAGUGCCAAUCCCGAGGCGAAGAAGCGCAAGAAGACGUAUGGUCAGAAGCUGCCCAACCCGCUGAGCAUCAAGAAGAAGAAGCCUCAGCCAAGCAACGGCUCUGCUGCGCCAGGGAGUGCGACAAAGAGCAGACCAAGGGAUGGACCGCAGAAGCCUCAGCAAGAGGGGGGCGAAGGAGAAGCCGAAAAGAAGAAGCGCAAGAGGAAGCCGAAGAACAAGAGCGCCACAGACGGCGGUGCAGAAGGCUCCGCGCCCGAGAGGGCUGUUCAGGUUGAGGCCCCGGCCGCUUGAGCAGCUGGCGAUUUGGGUGACAUAUUGAGCGGAGGAGGAGGAGGAUCAGCGAUGUACAGCAUUGUCAACGGCGUUUCUGGGGGCCAUUUGCAUUGGUUAUGGAGCUCAAAAUCGACUUAUACUUCAAGGCUCCUCGUUUGUUCAGACCUACGAUGGUCAGAGCUGUGAACAGGUGACGUAGAUUGAUCCUUUGCUUGGUCUGAUAUGGCAUACUUCCAGACCGAAUGUUUCUGAAAGUGUGCACAGCCGCCUACUUGAAUUUAUACCCAGGCCCGAGCAAAGCCUGUAAGUGAAACCACAUCGUUGUCUGUGUAUCAGGUUCUGGAUCGCAGAAUGAAGACUUCAACUUUGGUGAUUCAGGCUCAGAUCUCCUGUCAAACUACAUGUAAAGAUGCAAACGCCUGAUCAUCC